UUUCCGAAUGCAGAGCGUGUCCCUGCCGCGACGAGAACAAGCGGAGGUAGCAUUUUUUUCAUCGGAAGAUCGCUGCACUGGUUUCUUUCGCUGCAUAGCGUUCUACAAAGUAUCAUAGUCUUCAUCCGUUCGGCCGGGGAUGUCGCGAGAGAAGCUGCGAUAGACUGGUGGUAAUAUUAUUCAAAAUAGGAAAAAUAAUCGGCGGGACAGCCAAGGUUUUUGUAUGGUUAUGGUACGCGCCUGGCGCUGGCUGUGGCCGGCGAGUUCAGCUGUGCGUACCAAUCUGAUGUUGAAUUGUAGUGUGUGCACUUAUUGUUAUUUCCUCCUCUUUUCUGAGGUAUUUUGUGUUUGUUUUCCCAAAAUCGAGUUGCCGAACCCGAAGUAGAUUCUCCUGUUGCAAAAACGGAACUGCAAAAAAUCAGUGAUGCAUGCAAGUCCAUAAGACGAUUGUUGACACACCGUGCGGGAAGUACGGCACGAGAACUACGCGACGAGACUUGCGACUGCUUACACGCCCCCGCAGCAGAUGAAAACGAAACGACCACAGCAUCCGCCAAGUCUAACGUCUGGUUCCAGAACAGCAGGAUCGCAAUGAACAGCUACGGAGGUUGCCCCGCGGCCUCGAGAAAGGCUCCGGCGUUGGAGGCCUCCAGUAAAAGAACUUCUUCUACAACUCCUUUAGCCACCCGCAGUUUGUUGCGACGAGAGCACCGGCGCGCUUGCACUAGUAGUGUUACGAGUUGUAAUUAUUCUGCAGAAAAUUAUAAGACGAAGCAUGGCCAUGUCGCGACUUCAUCCGUAACAGAUAAUUCUUUGAACUCGGGUACUUCCCCACCUACCGCUCGAGCUAAAAAAUCCGGUGAGGUUACCAUCUCACAACUGAAAAAGUUUCUGGACACAAAAAUACAUCUGGUGCACAAAGAAAAUGAUGACGGCAGUACGAAAAGUCGAAAUCGUAAGAUUUUCGCUCGAGAUACAGCAAACUCAUCGUGCUUGUUAGAUGGAAAAGACUAUGCCGCGAUGCGCGCAGCCGAAGCGGAAGCUGCACAAGAAGGAAUUACAAAGACGCUUCUCCUGGCCGAGGAUGACUUGGGGGAGGGAGAUAGUGUCGUCUUUCAAAAACUUCUUCACAGAAACAGUUACCACGCGACAACGCCGAUGACAGGUAAAAAAAUAUCAGAACGAGAACAAGCGCGGCAGAACAAGCCACAGCGGCCUCUGUUCUCGGAGCAGAGCAAGUUGACGGUCUGUGUGCCGAGACUCCAGCUAGAUUUGGUGCGUGCGGUGAACCCGCCAGACUGCGCUCCGGCACCGUCGGUUCAGGAAACGAAGGACGCAAGACCAUCACCGUCGAGCAACAGCUGGGUUAGUAGUGUAGAGAAAAACACGACCAUCUUCGCCCGCCUCAAAUUGCAAUGCGCCCUCGCAGUGAAGUUUGGCAUGACUACAAAGUUCGUUGCAAACCAGUUUCUUUGUUAUGAAGGCAAAUCCAGGGCGGAGAUGGUAAUUUUUUUCGACGAUAGGGAAGGCGGAAUACCAUGGCUUUACUGACAAGGAUGGGUACAUUUUAACAUUGCAGUGAAAUAAGUGUAGUCAAUAAAAAUCUCCAGAGCUGUAUAUGAAAGCAAAGGACAACUAGAAAUUACGACGAUCGGCCUGACCAGAUAGUAACUUCAUGUAUAACUUGUAGCAACGUCGCAAACGAUGUGAGCUGCAAAAGCUUGGGUUGUAUCAACCUCGUAUGAAUAUCCAGAAAUAUCAUCAUCA